AUGCCUUCCUUGCAGGCUUUCCACCGAUGGGAGGACGAAAUCACCAAGAUUCUGGGUAUUGUGGAAAUCAUCGUUGAUGGAAAGAAAUUGGAUGAUCUCAAGGCAAGCGCAUCAGUCGCAAUCCCAGACGGUGCCAAAGUGCAGGUCGUGUUCUACGUGAAGCCAGCAAUUGAGUGUGUCAGCAGGUGCUACCAAUUAUUGCGGAUUGAACUGUCGGAUGUUCUGACUGAAAUUCCUAUUCGUGCCUUUGAUGGCUGCUGCGAAUUGAGAGACGUUGCUAUUCCCAGGUCAGUGAAGAAAAUCAGAGAUGAAGCCUUUGCUGGCUGCAACUCUUUGACAACAUUGACCAUCCCCUCUUCAGUGAAGGAAAUUGGAGCGCGUGUUUUUAAGGCUUGCAGCUCUUUGACAGCUUUGAAUCUAAAGGCGUCUCUGACUGAAAUUCCGGCUUAUGCCUUUGCCCGCUGCAUUUGUUUGACAAAUUUUACCAUCCCCGAGUCAGUGCAAAGAAUCGGAGAGGGUGCCUUUUCUGGCUGCAGCUCUUUGAAGAGUUUGACCAUUCCAGAAUCUGUGGUUGAAAUCGGCAAUCGUGCCUUUGAUGACUGCAGCUCAUUGACAAGGUUGGCAAUCCCGGACUCUGUGAAAUACAUUGGAGGUGGUGCCUUUGCAGGCUGCAGUUCGUUGGACAGAUUGACCAUGCCCAUGUCUUUGACCCAACUUGGGUAUGACGCCUUUGCCGGCUGCCGCUCUCUGACGAAUUUGAGCAUACCCGGUUCUGUGACGUAUAUUGGGUGUACAGCGUUUGCUGGCUGCAUUGCUUUGACGAGUUUGACCAUUCCGGAUUCUGUGAGGGAAAUUGGGCCCUUUGCCUUUCGCGACUGCCGCUCUUUGACAAAGUUGACCAUCCCGGCCUCAGUCAAAACGAUCCGGCACGGUGCGUUCGAUGGUUGCAGUGCCUUGACACAUCU